AGGCCGGACGUGUGAUUGCAGAAGUACCUCAAGUGCCCUUAGAAAGAGAGAAUAACAGAGAGGCAAUGGAGGAAGAGAGCAGGGUGAACGGCUUCAGACUGAGCUCAGGCAGGAGGGGCUCGGACUGGGGUCGCAUCGGCCUCCUGGACAAGACCAAGGAGUUCUUCCAGACCUGCGACGUGGAGGGCAAAGGCUUCAUCACCCGCACCGACAUGAGGAGGCUCCACAGGGAGCUGCCGCUGUCUGCGGCCGAGCUGGAGGACGUGUUCGACUCCCUGGACACAGAGCAAACAGGUUACCUCACGCUGGAGGUCUUCUCCUCAGGAUUCAGUCAGUUCCUGCACGGCCGAAGGAUCUCCAUCGCCGACGACCACAGCAACCGGGCCCCCAGCCCCACGUGCCGAGCCAACGAGGCUCUCUAUCAGAGCCAGUGGGAGGCCAAGCUGUCAGGAGGCGAGGACGAGGAGGAGAGGCACUUCUCCAUGCUGCUGGAGACCCUGGGAGCCAGUCACGUGUUCGAGGAUCCAGGUGAGGUGCGCAGUCUCUGGGCGGAGCUCCGGCGAGACGAGCCUCACCUCCUGUCCAACUUCGAGGAGUUCCUGGCCAGGGUCACCCACCAAAUAAAAGAGGCCCACCAGGACAAGAAAGAGAUGGAGAGCGCCCUCCAGAGGAAGUCCGCGACACACGACAGCGAGAUCCGCAAUUUGUACGAGGAGAUGGAGUCGCAGAUCAAGAACGAGAAAGACAGGCUGCUGCUGAAGGACUCUGAGCAUCUCCAGUUGCGCAGCCACGACCUGGAGCACCAACUGGUUUCAAAGGAAAAGGAGCUGGAACAGAUUUUCCAGAAACAGAAGAGGUUGGAGCUCCAGUGCCGCGAGCUGAGCAGCGAGAAGCAGGAGAGCCACGUGGAGAACGUCAAGCUGAAGAUGACCAACGACGAGCUGCUGCGGGCGCUGGAGAGCACCAGCCAGGAGCUGGGGCUGGCCCAGGAGCAGCUGACCAUGCUGCAGGAGCAGGCCGCCCGGCUGCACCAGGAGAAGGAGAUGGAAAUGUACAGAGUAACUGAGGGCCUGCAGAGAGAGAAGCAAAGUCUCAUGAAGCAGCUUGACCUCCUCAGAGAGAUGAACAAACAUUUGAAAGACGAGCGAGACAUUUGCGCUGGUGUACCUCGAACAUCGCUCAGAAAGAAGCAGAAGCAGAGAGCCGGCCUCGGCAGCAUGUUCGACGACACCAGCCAGCCGGUGAAAAGAGCCCCUCUCUUGGUGGACGGGUCCUUCCAGUCUCUGGAGGCCUUGCCCAGAGAGCACCUUCAAAUCGUGUUUUUUGCUUCCUCCUCCUGUAGUGAGGAAGAUACCCCCAAUACCCCCACAACCAGUACCUUCUCCUCCUCCUCCUCCUCCUCUUCCAUCCCCGUGGUCAGCACCCCUGCCUCCCAGCAGCGCCCGGCAGCCAAGAAGAACUCCAGUUUAUCCAACGGCUGCGCCAACUCCGCUCCUCCCAAAGUGCACGAUGUGAAGACGAAAGCCAAAAGGUGGCCUAGCAAGAUGGCUCCAGUGAAGAGGGUGGCGAGGAAAGACAGAGAACGAGGGAGGCGAGUGGAGGUCGAGAAGAAGCCGGGGGUAGAGGAGGAGGGGCUGGACUCCCCAAUAGACGGGUGGCCCCUCCGUCGAGUCAUCUCCAUCGAGGAGGAUCACCUGCCCCACUUGCUCCUGGGCGGGCCCCAGGUCUUACUGCACCAGCUCAGUGAGGAGGAGGAUGAGGAGGAUGAAGAUGAGGCGGAAGAUGCAGCGGCAGCACAGGGCGACAUUGAACCUACUGUUGUCAUGGCAGCAGACGUCCCCGCCGCCCUGACCUCUAGUCGUCUUCCGGUACCGGCGGAAGCUCACUUGGCGAGGAAAUCCCGCCUUGGCCUGGCAAAAAAGACGCCCAUGUCUCCGAGAGGACAGCCUGUAGGGAAGGAGACGCAACAAAAGACCAGAGAAGUGGAACUCUUCCUCCCGGACCGCCUCUUCAAAGUCGUCCUGGUCGGCAACUCCAGCGUGGGCAAGACGUCGCUGCUGCGCUCCUUCUGUGAGGGUCGCUUCCACCCGGCCACCACCGCUACUGUGGGUGUUGACUACAGUGUGAAGACACUAACCCUGGACAGCAUGCAGGUAGCCAUGCAGCUCUGGGACACAGCGGGUCAAGAGAGGUACCGCAGCAUAACCAAGCAGUUCUUCCGCAAAGCCGACGGCGUGGUGGUGAUGUACGACGUCACGGUGCAGGAGAGCUACUCGGCCGUGCAACCCUGGCUCGUCAACGUCCAGGAAGCUGCAGGAGAAGGGAUCCCUAUCCUCCUUAUAGGCAAUAAGAUGGACAUGGAUGGAGAGAGGGAGGUGUCAUUUAAAGAAGCCGAGCAACUGGCUUAUGAGAACAAGGUGAUGUUCUUCGAGGUCAGUGCCUACACAGGCAAGAACGUGGCCGAGUCCCUGACGCACCUGGCCAGAGUGUUAAUGGAGCAGGAGGACCGGGUGAGAGACACGACAGUCAGCCUCAGUGCUCAGCCCGUGAAGAAGAAAGCCUGCUGCAAGUGAAGACUCACUGAACGACACAAAGAAAACAGCGAAAGCUUUUGGAAGAAAUCGAAUUCUGAUCACUUCCAAACCUGCAUUAUUAGAAGAGAUUGGUGAAAUCAGUUUCUACUUGUGUUAAGGACCUUGACAUAGAAUGCAGUGCAGUGAACUGCAGUGAAACUAAGGUGCUGCACUAUUUCAUGUAAAUAACGCUUUGAUGCUGUAUUACAGUUGUGCUGUCAACAAGAUUUAAGGUACAAAUAUUGUCUGUAAAAUAAUAACUUUCAAUAACCUUCGACGAAGAGAAAAAACACAAAUAUACUUUAGGCUU